ACUCACAAUCACACUCACCCUCACCCUCACCCUCACCCUCACCCUCACCCUCACCCUCACCCUCACACUCACACUCACCCUCACCCUCACACUCACACUCACCCUCACACUCACCCUCACCCUCACAUUCACCCUCACAUUCACACUCAGGCAAAUCGCUUGACCCAGGCACCGCUGCUCGAUCACGUCUUGACGCAUUUGAAAUCACAAGCUCAGCUUUCGCAUCGCAUCGCAUCGCAUCGCAUCGCCAAGACAUGUCGACUGUCAACCUGUUCCUUCACGUGCCCUCCGCUUCCAUCUUGAGCGAGAGGCGAUUACCGAGCGACGUACCUCUGGACGCGCUGCGCAUCCGACUAGAACAAAUCUCCGGCAUCCCACCAUCUUGCCAAUCCCUCUCGCUUCACCGUAGUCGUACAGACGAAUCACCCAUUUCCAGCGAUACGUUGAUCAUCAGAUUGCCUGAAUAUGGUGCGCAGGAAGCAGCAGCAGCAGCAGCAGCAGCAGCAUCGUCAGAAGCUGAGGCGAGUUUGGAAAAGUUUGGAGCGAGGGAUGGGAUGGGGUUAAAGGUGGAGGAUGUUAGACCUUAUGCUGUUGCCGCUAGAUUUCACAACGAAUCUUUGGAAGGUGUGGACAAGUUUGAGAUGGAUGAUGAGACUUACAAAGCCAGACAGGACUCGGUCUUGGCUUUCAAGCAACGCAACAAGCUGGGCAGAUUCGACCCCAGCAAAGCGCAGACGCAGACCAAUGCAGACGCGUCCCGAGCGGAUCUUGCUGCUCUUUCAUCGGAUUUGCGAGUGGGCGCAAGGUGUCAAGUCCAGCUGGGCUCCAGAGCUCGAAGGGGCAGCAUUCGUUAUGUAGGCAAGACCCAAUUUGCGAGUGGCAUAUGGAUCGGAUUGCAGUAUGAUGAGCCGGUGGGAAAGAAUGACGGAAGCGUCCAAGGGGAGAGGUAUUUCGAUUGCAAAGCGCUAUUUGGAGGCUUUGUGAGACCUGAAAAGGUGCAGGUAGGAGACUUUCCCGAAGAGGAUAUCGAGGCCGAGCUGCAGGAUGAAGAGGAAAUGUAAUGCGCGUGCGUGCGUACAUGCACAUUCAAUUCACGAUUUCCCCUCGCCAUGCUGCGCACCCGUUCUGCGGCGCAUACACGCUCGUACACCUAGCGAAUCGCCAAUCAAGGUCCCCCUUCUUGACCUCCAAGCCGAGUCAUGACUGCAUGCCAAGCGGGGGAGCAGCCUU